AUGUUGUCUGAUGACCACAAAACUCGUCGAAUGGCGUCAGCAACUUCUUUUUUGAAACGUUACGAAGCUGAUGGCGAUGAUUAUUUUUUGAACAAAAUCGUGACAGGAGAUGAAACAUGGGUUCUGUACGACACCCCAGAAACGAAACAGCAGUCCCAACAAUGGAUGCAUUCAAACUCUCCAAACAAACCCAAAAAGUUCAGAAAAACUUUCAACGACAGAAAGAUUAUGGCCACCAUAUUUUGGGAUCAAAAAGGUGUUUUGCUUGUAGAGAUUUUAGAGCCAGGGACCACAAUCAAUGCGGAAGGAUACUGCGGUACAUUACAACGUUUGCGAAGAGCUAUUCAGAACAAAAGGAGAGGAAUGCUCAUAUCAGGAGUGGUGCUCAUUCAUGACAACGCCCGUCCUCACAGUGCUGCUGUGACGAAGCGUCUUCUUGACGGGUUUAAAUGUAACGUUUUUGACCAUCCGGCGUAUAGCCCAGACUUAGCACCAAGCGACUAUAACCUUUUCCCGGAACUGAAGAAAAUGCUAGGAGGGCAGAGCUUCCGAACAGACGAUUCGCCGCAAGAUGCUGUGAAGAACCAUCCCAAAUCACUGGCGGCUAACUUCUAUGAACAAGGUAUUAAGUAG